AUGGUUUGGAUGGAGUCUUUGCAAUGCAUGCUGUACCUGGCCUCUCCUCUCCUGCGGAGUCUUCAUGAACUGGAGGAAAGACAGAUGCAUAUCUCAGACAUCGCUCCUCACGACGUCACACGAGACCUCAUACUGCUCAACCAGCAGAGACUGGCCGAGAUGGAACUGUCCAAUCAGCUGGAGAGGAAGAAGGAGGAGCUGAGGAUCCUGUCUAAGCACCUCAAGGAAGAGAAAAAAAAGACCGAAGCUCUGCUUUGCGCCAUGCUCCCCAAGCACGUCGCCAACCAGCUCAAGGAAGGAAAGAGAGUCGAGGCAGGUGAGUUUAAAGAGUGCACAGUUCUGUUCAGCGACGUUGUGACGUUUACUGACAUCUGCUCCGUGUGUGAACCUAUCCAGAUUGUGUUCAUGCUCAAUUCCAUGUACCUCAAGUUCGACCGGCUCACCUCUGUUCAUGAUGUCUACAAGGUGGAAACCAUUGGCGAUGCUUACAUGGUAGUUGGAGGAGUCCCUAUACCUGUAUCAAGCCAUGCAGAACGAGUUGCUAAUUUUGCCCUGGGAAUGAUCAUAGCAGCCAGAGAAGUAACAAACCCAGUCACUGGGAACCCCAUACAGAUCAGGGUGGGGCUGCACACUGGUCCAGUCCUGGCGGGAGUGGUGGGUGAGAAGAUGCCUCGUUAUUGCCUGUUUGGAGACACUGUGAACACGGCCUCGCGAAUGGAAAGCCACGGUCUUCCAGACAAAAUCCAUCUCAGUCCAAGUGCCUAUGGGGCUCUUAAAGACAAAGGCUUUGAAUGCAUUGACCGUGGUGAAAUUGAAGUGAAAGGCAAAGGGAAAAUGCGCACUUACAUUCUAGCUGGGAAUCUAACCGCCACGGACGGCGAGAUCAUGGGGCAUCCCGUGAGGGAAUUUGACUCAGGGCGUGAGUCGGCCCAGUCUCUUCAUGAUUCUAGGAUGGACACACUACAGACACAUGGCCCUCAAGGUGUGCAAAGUCCCCAGUCCCAAGAUCGCCGCCCUACAGUUGCCAUGAAGUAUUCCGACAGCCCGACAGAACCCCAUGCCAAGACUCCCAGUAAAAGCCACCCAAGUAUUAAGGAUUUGACAGGCAAAACACGAGAUUCACAAAGCUACGGAAGCCUCCACAGUGACCAACAGUCAGGAGACAACCCCUAUCGGCUUACGCAGGCGACAGUGGAACCAGUUGCCAGUGAGCCAUCCAGCAGUGGAACAAGAAACAGACACACCAAAUCAAAUUUCUGUGUGUUACUGUAGCAUGUGUAAGCAGAGUGAGUCCGAAGAAGGGCAUAGUUACUAUAAUCUGUUUUUCAAAUUCAAAGAAAUUGCAAUAGCUAUUUUCAACAUUUGCAGAGUUUAUAAUUAUAUAGCAUUACAUUUGUAGGACAAAGGUACAUGAAAAAGAAAUGACUCAGUGUAUCAACGCAACUAACCGUGAACCUGUUUGUCAGUGAGAUUUAACUGCAUGAAAGUGCAAGCCAGGAAUUAGUAGGAUUUGUAUGCUGAUUAUGCCUGUACUGAGAGCAGAUAAGACAACAUUGUCAGCAUUUCUGAAUUAUUUAUGAAACAUAACGCCAUGGGUUGCCAGUGGUUUCAAAUGUGUUACAAACACCAUGCACAUUAAAUAUGGAUCUAGAAGCUAGAAUGUAAUAUCAUCCUUUUAUUCCCAGUGUUAUCAUAUGUUCAUAACUAUACAUCAUAAAGACAUGUCUUAUUUGAGAAAUACACACUUGUAUGUAGUACCAAAUUGCUUUCCUGAAGUUACAGUGUGUAUAUAAAAUUGUAUAAAGAUUAUUACAUUUAACAGUAGCUCAGCAACAGAGCUUAGU